CUUCCUGUAUACAUACGUACCUUUGACCAUAAUGCUGCUGAUGAUAUUCGGACCGAAAUGCAGAGCUAUUCUCAGGGGAACCCAAGGAGUGGGCAAAUUAGACAAUACGACAGCCUUGUCGGGUAUGCGACACAAUUUAUCACGCAGCAUGGGCUCCAGAGACGUGGCUACGUCCAUGCGUGCGACAAUCACCACUGGCACCGGUCGCCGGGUCAGUUUGGCGGACGGAUUAAAGGACACCGAUGCAGAGCUCAUGCUGUUACUGGUACAGGGGAAGCUGACACAGCUGAAGGUUGAGAAUGGGCGGCUAUGUCAGGAAAACUGCAGACUCGUGGGUAUUCUAGCUAGGUGGAAUAAUGUGCAUGUGGCCAGCGACCCACAGAGUUUCCCGCAGAGUGUGGGGGUGAAACGGAGAGAGUUUGUGACCAAUAAGAAGAGCAAGAAGCGGCUGUCUCUGCUGGAUGAGAAGGAGGAUGGCGAGGAAGAGACGCAAUUAAAUGGUGAACAAGUUCAGACUUGAUAUAAUAAUAAUAAAUAAAUUUA